AUGAGCGAGUCUGACGACGCUGACGUCUGUCGCUGCGUGCUGGCUUUGACUGCUGUCCUGUAUCGACCUGUCACAGUCGCUGAGCUGAUUCUGCUCACUGAACAGCUUGCAAACUUUGCUGACGAGUCUGUGCGGGAGAUAAUUAAUCUCUACGGAUCGUUCCUGACGCUGCGCGAUGACACAGUCUACUUUGUGCAUCAGUCAGCUAAGGACUUCCUUGUCACGAACGCGUCGGACAAGGUCUUUCUAGACGGUAAAGAACAUGUGCAUCAAGACAUUUUUGCGAAGUCACUUACUGUCCUACACAAGACACUGCGCAGAGAUAUAUACAACCUUCAAGCUCCUGGAUAUCCUAUAGAAGAUAUCAAGCCGCCUGUUCCUGAUCCUCUAGAUGCGUUGUUCUACUCAUGCGUGUACUGGGUUGACCACUUCUGUGACUCAAAACACAGAACACUAGCACAUAGUGCUACUACUCAAGAAAACACUAAGGCGAUCGAUGCAUUUCUUAGCUAG